AUUCCACCGUCUGGCGCCAGCCUGCCCAAACUUUUGAAAGAAUGACAGGGCAGCUGAACAUCCAUGCACAUGAAAGGGCGGCGGCGGUAGGUGCAUGGUUGCAAGGCACCUUACCUAACGGUUUUGGCUCGGAGGAGGUUUCACAAAGAUUGAAAGAAUUUGAAAGGGCAGGGAGGAUUCGAUUCACCCGCUCAGCUCCUGCUUUGCCAGCUCAAUUUGUGCCAGAUUUCAGCAAGCAUCAUGGCGGAGGCCGUAGAGCACACCCUGCGCAAGGCGCUGAUCGCGCACGAGCCCGAGCCGGCGACCCUCCCGGCCGUCUUCCGCACCUCGUGGCGUGUAUUCACUUCGCACCUGCGCUUUCUGCUUACCACCGCGGCUGCGACCGCCGCAAUCCCACUCCUAGUUGUCCUUGCGUUGACCGCCAUCUUUGGGCCUAUCAUCCAGCCCUCGACCGACCAGCCUUUCCCCUGGGGCCCCCCGAACGUGGAUGCCCAUGGGAGGUACGCCCCCGCGCCUGCCCCUCAUGGCCACUACGCGCCUGCCCCAGCCCCUACCCCCUCGCCGAAGGUCAACCCGGUCGCGUUUGCUGUUGCAACGGCGGUCAACUUCCUGCUCUCAGCUGGCGCGCACGUGAUCCUGAUUGCUGUGUUCGUGUACGUGGUGCUCGGGGACCAUGUGGGAAGGAAGCCUGGACCGGUGUGGGGUGUCAUCAAGGGCAGCUUCUGGCGCCUUAUUGGCACUGACAUCGCGCAGUCGUUGGUCACGAUCCUGGUGACGUUCGUGCUGGGUGCUCUUGUGGCGCUCAUCGGCGGGGUGGUGACCGGGGUCUUCUUCAAGGGCGCCUCCCCCAACUUCGCCGCUGCCACGACCCUCGUCAUCUGGCUCGUACUCGCCCUCCCUGCCACCCUCUUCAUCAUUGUCGGCCUUUCCCUGGCUGACCAAGCCACCGCCAUUGAGGGCUCCGGCCUCUGGGGCUUUGCCGCCCUUCGCCGCAGCUGGACUCUCUCCAAGGGCAGCAGGGCAGCCAUCCUGGCAGUCAUUCUGCUGAGCGCUUUGGUCUCCAUUGUUCUGGGAUCUCCCCUAGAGAUUCUGGUCAACAACUUCCAGGACGGGUCUGCGUUCGCUGGGACCUGGUGGCAGGUGCUGCUGGCCAUCCUGGGAGCGCUGAUCGUGUUCCUGCUGUCGGUCUUCAUCCAGGCAUACCUGCAGGUUGUGUGGGUCGAGCUCUACCUUUCCUCAAGGAAGAAGGCCGAGCCCGAGUUCGGCCUGAGCGCCAUCGAGCGCUACUUCGAGGCUGGUUCAGCUGGCUCCGGCGGUUACUCCCAAGCUCGUACUUGGGACGCAUAGAUUCAUUUCGUACUCAACUCAUACGUAGGUGUUUGGGGCCAUUGGUACACGCCACCAAGCACUGGUUCCGCGCAUCAUUUGCUGUUUGCAGCCGCAAUAUAGCAAACCACAUAUUAUACACACGCACAUAGCUGAAAGAGAAUAACAGUUUUGACUUGCAGAUGUUGCCCUGAGGGUGUUCACGUUCGAUCGGAGUUGGCAGUGGUACAGCUUCGACUGUCUGUAUAAGUUGCCCUCAUAUAAAAUCGAUAAACACAAGCUUCAAAGCUAGCUAGGGCCAACAGGUCAACACUUGAGGGUUUUUGAACAAAUGGUAAAUCUACAUUGACCAUUGUAACGUUGAUCAUAUUAUAUAGCACAUUAAUUGGAUGUUAGAAGUUUUGAUCAUUGUAACGUUGGAGCGUUUACACUCAGUGAUGUCGUCAUGGGAGG